AUGAAUCGAACAUUAGUGGCCUUGGGUCUCUACUUCCCCAGGAAGGAGUACUUGGAGAAUGUCUACAUUGACGAGCCGGCGGGAACGCCGCUCCUGCGCAUCCAUGCCUUGAGGGAUUCACGUGAGGAAGUGGCCCACUUUCAUCUCUGCCACAAUCUCAUAGUUCCUCGAGCAAGACCACAAGAAAAUAAUUGGUUCCAAAUCAGAGAAGAAACGGGACUUCUCUACCUCAGCAAAAGUCUGGAUAGAGAGGACUUCAACAUGCUGUCUGUAGGAAAUUGGAUGCCAUUGUCCAAGGUGAUGCUGUAUGUCUUCCUUUCAUCCCACCCUUUCCAAGAGAAGGAAUGUGACUCUCCUACACGCACCACAGUUUUCCUCUCUUUGAUCAAUGCUACUGCACCAGCUUGCAGUUCCCUGACAGCAAGGCAGCUUUGCUUCACAGAAAUGGAUCUCUCCUUUCACAUCAAGGAGAAUAAACCACCUGGUACAUUUCAUCAGCUCCGGUUACCCUCAGUUCAUCAUCUGUGUCAGAAUCUCAGCAUUUCCUACAAAUUGCUUGCAGGGGAAGGAGUUCCCUUUCGGUACAACGAGAACACCACCAGCGUGCGGGUGACGCAGCGCCUGGAUCGGGAGGAGAGGGAGAGAUACGAGCUCAUUGCCAAGUGCACAGUCAGAGAGGGGCUCAGGGAAAUGCAGGUGGAGGUGCCUUUCCUGGUGAACGUGUUAGAUGAAGAUGACUCUCCUCCCUUCCUUCCCAAUGGCACUGAUACUGCAGAUGCCGUCGUGGAGUUCAACAGGAAAGAGGGCACUGUUCUUUCCACGCUGACUGUGUACGAUGCAGACACCACACCUAUUUAUCCCAUUGAAAGCAGCAGAAAGAAAUACACAGGAACCAUCAUUACUGACGAUCCCUGGAUAAGUGAAACAUUUCGUGUAGAGCACAUCUUUGAUGAAAUCCACUUCAGCCCAAAUGGCAGCCAAGUGAGGGGAACUCGGCAUGAGUACAAACUGGUACUGAAUAAAAGCAUUUCAGUCACAGAGCAUCGUUCCUUCCAGCUGGAUGUUUUGGUGAAUGACACAGAAUUCCAUGGCCCAGAAAGAUCGGUGAUGCUCCAUUUCAAUGUCUCCAUCCUCCCUGUCAGCAUUCAGUUUUCCAACAUAACUUACCAGUUCACAGUGAACAGAAAUGCUGAACGUUUUGCACAAGUGGGAAAGAUCUGCAUUGAAAACUGCAUGAAAUUCCGUGGUGUAAACAUCACCUACAAGUUGCUGUCCCCCAACUCGAGCUGCUAUCCUGUUGGCAUUCUGCAAGGCCGAGAGGACAAAUUUGGGAGCCUCUUUGUGAACGAUUCCUCUGUGCUGCGCAGACCUGAGUGCAAGGAAAUACAGUACACUGUGCAGGCUACUGACAAGCAGAGCAGGAAACACACCAAAACCCUCCUCACUGUUGUCCUGGAAGGGACUCUUUUAAAAAAAGAAGAGGACUGCCCUGACUCUUGUGCUAUAAGUAAGCACCGUGCUGAAUGUGAAGAGUGUGGUGGCCUGGGAGUGCUAACAGGAAGAUGCCAGUGGAGACAAGGGAGUGGGAAAGGGAUCACCACAAACUACUCCACGUGCACCCCAAGCAUCAAGACUUGUCCAGAUGGAAUCUGUGAUGUGGUGGAGGGCAGAGACCCGGCUGUGUGUCCCCAAGACUGCACAAGUGGAAACAUUAUUGGUGGCCAUGGGAAGGGUAUUGGAAAUCUUGGAAUUAAGUCAGGACAUGGGAUUUGUUACUGCUUCCCAAGACAGAACUGUUACUGUGAGAAAGAUGAUAUCAAAGAGCAACUGUGUGAUGACAUGUGCAAGACUGUGAUCACAGGGGCAGUGGUGCUGUGCUUUGUCAUCUCCGUGCUGGUUUCUUUCUACUGCAUCCACCGGUACCACAAGAACUCCCCGAAGGCGCCCAUCGCCUCCGCCGAGAUGACGUUCCGGCGCCCCGCGCAGUCCUACCCCAUCAGCUACUCCUCCAGCAACGUCCGCCGCCCUUCCCUGGACUCCAUGGAAAACCAGGUGGCUGUGGACACCUUCAAAAUACCUGAGGAUCCAAAGUGGGAAUUCCCUCGGAAGAACCUAGUUCUGGGCAAGACUCUUGGAGAGGGAGAAUUCGGAAAGGUCGUCAAGGCGACAGCAUUCCGACUUAAGGGAAGGGCUGGCUACACCACUGUGGCAGUGAAAAUGCUGAAAGAAAAUGCUUCCCAGAGUGAGCUGCGAGAUCUCCUGUCAGAGUUCAACCUUCUGAAACAAGUCAACCAUCCUCAUGUCAUCAAACUUUAUGGAGCCUGCAGUCAAGAUGGCCCACUGUAUUUAAUUGUGGAAUACGCCAAAUACGGCUCCUUGCGCAGUUUCCUCAGGGAAAGUCGAAAAGUGGGCCCGAGCUACGUGGGCAGUGAUGGCAACAGGAAUUCCAGUUAUUUGGAUAACCCUGACGAGAGAGCCUUGACCAUGGGAGACCUGAUCUCGUUUGCAUGGCAGAUAUCCCGAGGGAUGCAGUACCUCGCAGAAAUGAAGCUUGUGCAUCGGGAUUUAGCAGCCAGGAACGUCUUGGUGGCAGAAGGGCGCAAAAUGAAGAUCUCUGAUUUUGGCCUCUCACGUGAUGUAUAUGAAGAAGAUUCCUAUGUAAAGAGGAGCAAGGGUCGCAUCCCUGUGAAAUGGAUGGCCAUAGAGUCACUGUUUGACCAUAUCUACACAACACAAAGUGAUGUAUGGUCAUUUGGAGUUUUGCUGUGGGAGAUAGUUACUUUAGGAGGAAAUCCUUACCCAGGUAUUGCUCCUGAAAGACUCUUUAACCUCCUAAAAACAGGCUAUAGAAUGGAGAGACCAGAAAACUGCAGUGAAGAAAUGUACAGCCUCAUGUUGCGCUGCUGGAAGCAAGAAGCUGAUAAAAGACCAACAUUUACUGAGAUCAGCAAGGAACUAGAGAAGAUGAUGGUGAAGAGUAGGGACUACUUGGACCUUGCAGCUUCCACGCCCUCCGACUCCUUACUGUACGAUGACGGGCUCUCCGAAGAGGAGACACCUCUCGUGGACUGUAAUAAUGCUCCCCUCCCUCGAACCCUCCCUUCCACAUGGAUUGAAAACAAACUCUAUGGUAGAAUUUCACAUGCAUUUACUAGAUUCUAGCAACACACAAAAAAAAGUUGAUUUUUCUUCUGCACUGUUCUCAGACUCUGUAACCCCAUUACAGUGUUUCUUGUCUGAAUGAAGCCAAUCAAAAAUUG